AAAUGUGCACGUCAUUAACUGUCUAAUAUUAAAUAUGGCAUUAAUUAAAGAAUAGCCCAAUAUUUAGCACUAUAUUUGUUUCACUUUUUGUAGAUGACACGAGGAUACUAUGUCUCAUUUACUUUUGCCUCAAUAAAAGUUUUAUCUUUGCUUGACUUAUAUGCAAUAUACAGUCACCUGUUGACUUAUUGUUUUGGUCAAAUAAAAUGUUUAAAUCUUACACGAAUAAUCGAGGUAUAGGUAAAGUAUAUUUAAAUGGUUACAUUUAGGAAAAUGUUAAACCACAGACAUGUUGAAUUACGCGAGAGUUUGAAGUUUGUGGCUUUAAAAGAGUUUUUGAUUUCCUGUCUUAUUUAGCUCCAGUUAUUUCUAUUCAACAUUUAAUAUGCUGAGUUUUGUUCCAUGUGGAAAUAUCUGUUGCUUACAAUUCAAGCCACAUCCAUUCUAAUAAUUCAUAUACAAGCUGUACAAAUGUAAUGUAAACGUUUCGAUGUUUUAGUCUACGAUAUUGCAUUCUACACUCUUUAAGUCACAGAACAACCAAUAUCUGGCAGUGCGUGAGCGGCACAUAUCAAAGCAUUUUCACUGAGAUAUUUGAAAACGGAGUCGUGUGGUGAACGCCUGCGUGUCCCUUUUAAAACAAAUCCAGCGACUGUCAAUCAUCGCGCAUUCCGACCAAUCCCAAAGCACCGUUUUUUAAAAGCAGGUUUGCCUGCUGUGCUUUUAUAUUGCAGUAUGGCCUGGUUCGGAGCAUUUUACUACCACAGUUAUUGCCACAAAUCAAGAGGGCAAAGUGAACGGCAUGGGACUCACACCAAUUUUAACGGGUCCGACUCCUGCGUCUGAGAGGUUUUCAGGCAAUAAACUGCACAUGCAGAUGAUGCAGCAGAGAAAAUGAGGAAGAGGUCUGUAGGUAAAUCUUAAACGAUAAGGUUGGUUGAUUUGCCAGACCCUCAGCCAAACAUAUGCAACAAAACAUGACCAGCUUGUCGCGGUUUAGUGGCUGCACUCUUUCUUGCGUCAACCCUGGGGAGAGCAAUACUGAACCCAGCGUGGUGCUGCCACCUUUGGCAGAGGAGCACAUGGGGCACCCCUCUGGCACUUCCUUAAAACUCUGCCCCACGCAAAAUUUGCGAGACUACCACGAGACGAGGGCCAGUGCAUAUGUUGACCACUCGGUUACCCAUUUUCCAGACACUGGAUACACCAGUCACCGCUUAGAACCCAGUCAUAGGGGCAUUAUCAUUGGAACAAAUCUGUCAGGAGCAGGCAUGGCACCAGGAACUGAUCAGCUGGCUCCAAGACCUAACCAACAUGGCACUAUUGGAAGGUACCGUGACCUCCACAGCUACAGGGAUGGAAGGAGCCACGCAUUCUUCACUACGUAUCAAGAGCAGGCCCAUGGCUCGACAGACGCAACCCGAGAUCUCAGCAGCCAAAUGAUGUUGGGUCUUCCGGGAGAUAUCCUCUCACGAACGCAUCCGUACGGGCAGUCGCUCAGUUGCCCCAGGGCCAACAGCCAGCAGCUAGUUACCCAGUUUUUGGAGUUCUACAAGCCUCUGAAUAUGGCCAUGCAGCGAGGUGGGGGUGAUGCCUUCCUCAGGUGCUCCAGGCAGAACCCAAAGCUCGAAUUGAUCUGUAAGUGGAGUGAUGGCCAGGACGGCACUGGCAAACCGCCCUGCGCCAGGAAUUUUGGUACCAUGUAUGAACUUGUCACCCAUGUGACGGUCGAGCAUGUCGGAGGACCGGAGCACUCUGAUUAUGUUUGUCACUGGGAGAAUUGCCCAAGAGACAGGAAGCCUUUCAAAGCCAAAUAUAAGCUUGUCAACCACGUCAGAGUCCACACAGGAGAAAAACCCUUUCCCUGCCCUUUUCAUGGAUGUGAAAAAGUUUUUGCCAGAUCUGAAAAUCUCAAGAUACACAAGAGAACUCAUACAGGUGAGAAACCGUUUAAAUGUGAAUUUGAGGGCUGCAAUCGGAGAUUUGCAAACAGCAGUGACCGGAAGAAGCAUUCUCACGUUCACUCCAGCGAUAAACCCUACACGUGCAAGGUCAGAGGCUGUGAAAAAUGUUACACGCAUCCCAGCUCACUGCGCAAACACAUGAAACUGCAUUGCAAGGCCUACAUUGCCAAAAUCGGUGAAGACGACGAGCACCUUGUAGAGGCCAGGUCUCCUGAGGUGGCACAACAACAAGACACGUCCGCCUCUGUGGCAGUGACGCGAACGAUGACUGCCCCAUCCCAAGAGACUCUGUCCCCUGAGACACGAAAUGAGUCAACUAUGAGGUCACGUUACCACCACACGUUUGAAAACACUUUGGACUAUUCGCCACAUAGGUCACAGUCCAUUUUGGACCCUCUGUUGUUACAACGGGGAUCAUAUAGACCCGAGUCUGUACAAUACCCGUGCAAUCAACCGUUCGCAUCCAGCCAUAGAACAUUUGCGUCCAACUCAACUUUUCAAAAAAGUAUUGUGAAUGGCUGGUACACAUGUCAUAACGCAGUGGACACUUUUUCACCCAAGCACUGUAGCAGUGAUUUAUAAUGCCUGUAACCCAAAGCGAAGCAAAUAGGCAGUGCAGGCUUGUGUUAAAGUACGAAUGAUAGACACUGUUCCACAAACUGACUAUAUAAGAUUGUUUAAUGUGAGCUUUAUCUGUUGUAUAUUAUGUUAUUGCAUUGAGGAAUUCUAUUGUUGAGUUUUACAAACUGUAAAUAGCUUUAACUUAGCCCCGCGGUGAGCCAAAAUAUUGAUUAUAAUAAAGAUAUGCUUCUAAAAUGUUGUUCAUCUGACGAGAAAAAAAUCUACACACAAUAUGCUUGCAGAAAGAUUAGAAUGUACAUGUCAACAUUAUUAAGUUAUUACUGCACGUGAUGAAAAAAUGGCGCGUUAUUUUGACGUUCUGUGGUUGAGCCCGCGCAUUUUGUGAUAUUAAAAAGAAUCGAUUUAUCUUUAUAAGUGUUUAAAAGAUAAUGGCGUUAACUGCGUACAAUUUUUGAACUUUUGAAAGAUUUCUUUUUAUCUAUUUUCUUUUCACAUAAUAGGUCGAAUGUAUUUAAUUAUAUGUGUUGGUGAACCAUCAGUGGGUAAAGCUUUUAACACAAAAUAUUAUUUAAAAAUGUUCCACAUUACAUUGCUCUGCGUUUUCAGUGUAUUAUAUUCCUGAUGAGACUUCUAUAGCGAUUUUUGGCCUACUGUCCCAGAUUUAAGUCCCCUUCACGAAAAGUAGAUUGUUUAAAUAAAAUUGUACUGUAAAAUGUAUUAUGCAUUCGAAGUUUCAUUAAAGUGUCUUUAUUCUCUUUGAUCA